AUGGUGCUUCAGUUCUAUUCUAAGAAGUUGCUCAUUAUUUAUGAGCAACUUAACUACUCUUUCAGUUGUGUCCUAAUCCCUUCAACAGGUGCUAAACUACCAGACCCAGCAUGCUAUGGUCACACUCAGUUCCACCUGGUUCCUGACCAGUAUCAAAGGGACCGGAUGGCUCGGCGGCAGCAGUCGGACCAGGUGGAGGUUUUCCUCAGAGCCAAUGCACUCGCCAGCCUCUUUGCGUGGACAGGAGCUCAGGCCAUGUACCAGGGUUUCUGGACUUUUGAGGAUGUCACCAGGCCUUUCGCGUCCCAGGCUGUGAUCACCGACGGCCACUUCUUCUCCUUCUUCUGCUACCAGCUCAACACAGUCGCUCUCUCUGUAGAAACGGACACCAACAACCCCAGGAAAAACCUCCUGUGGGGCACAGAGAGCCUGCGACUGUACGACAAAGUGCAGGACGGUGAGGUGGUGGGUCUGAAUGACGACGUCAUCAAGCUUCUGGUCAGUUUCCUCAUGAACCAGCCAUAGACUUCCUGUCCUCUCUUGCAAUUGCUUGACCGUCUACCGAUGGGAAAUGUGUCUUUUGUCAAAGCAUUGGAAGACGUUGGUGGAGAUGGUUUAUUCAUUUGCUUGUCUGUUUGCAAUUCAA